GGUUGUUCCAGGGAGUGACGCAGCUGCUGAGCUGAUCCGUGGCAGGCGGCCGGUGAUGCCCAGCCCGCCGCUUCGCCAAGAAGCAGAGGCAGGAAGACAGAACAUGGCUUGACCACCCCUCCUGGUCACCCGGGCCAGGAAGACAAAAGCUUUUGUUCCCUGGACACUGGCGCUUUGUGGCAGCGCAGCAACAGCAGCCCGCGAUGCCCUGGCCUGGCCUUCCUGGCGCACACACUCACAACUGACAAAAGAGGUGGGUUUUUUCCCCUCUCCUGUCAAAUGUGCCAGCUGCAGGAGGCGAGCAGGAAAAGACCUUUUCUAGGACCGGCAUCUGUGCCAUAUUAAAGGAAGGAGCCCUCCUCCUCUCGAGGAGGAGGAGGGGAUAACCCUGACAGUGACAGAUGGGGAGGGUGGGCAAAGAUUUAUCCCUUGCCACAAGACUCCCAGCUGCCAUUCCAGGGAUUUCUUCUGGGGCCAGCCCAGAGAGGCGCAACAGAGGGCUGGGGGAAAGACAGUGUGGGGGCCCAGAGGUACGAAGCGGCCUUUGCACCCCACACUAGCCCUGGGUGUUUGGAUGAAGAGGGAAGCGAGACCCACCGGGGACGUCACCUGCUCUCCUCCUUUCGACUUCGCCUGCUUCCCGCCAUGGGCAAUGGCAUGAACAAGGUUCUUCCUGGAUUAUUCCUCGGCAACUUCAUAGAUGCCAAGGACUUGGAUCAGCUGAGCCGGCACAACAUCACCCACAUCAUCUCCAUCCAUGACUCUGUGCAGCCGUAUAUUCCGGGAAUCACUUACCUCCGCGUUGGACUGCCAGACACACCAGAUGCCAACAUUAAGAAGCACUUCAAAGAAUGCAUUCAUUUCAUCCACUCCUGCCGCCUGCGUGGAGGAAGCUGCCUCGUCCACUGCCUGGCAGGUAUCUCCCGCAGCACCACCAUCGUCCUCGCCUACGUCAUGGCAGUGACGCAGCUGGGCUGGCAAGAAGCGCUGGAGGCCGUCAAGGCAGUGCGCCCCGUCGCCAACCCCAACCCAGGUUUCCGCCAGCAGCUGGAGGAGUACGAAUCCAGCCGGUCUGCACAGAAGAUCCGCCGGAGACUGGAGCGCAAGUAUGGAGCAUCCCCUUUUAACGACGAGGAGGAGAUUAGAGCCCUGCUCCCCUCCGGCAAGAGGCGGGAGCCCUCCAGGGCCGACGUGGCUGCCCCACGGAGGGUGGCAGUGGGGAACAAGAGCACGAAGCGCACAGACCCCUUGAUCCUGCGUGUGAAACAGACCUUCUCCUGCCUCCCCGGGUGUUUGAAAUGAGACCUCCGGCAGUGUCCUGAGUCAGUGCGGAGGCUUACCGUGGGGGACUGGCCAAGCCCCGGAACCCGGCAGGAGAUCCUCCGUCCUCCUGACACCAGGGGAGAGGGACAGACGCAACCGCGGAUGCCGGGGGAGUG